CCCUCUCCAGCAACAACAAAGAAAAGCUACAAUUCAAUCCCAACUAACCCAAUAAAACGUCACCUACCUCAAAUAUUACCCCCAUCCCGUCCAACCCACAAUGUCCUCCAACCCACCCGUAUGGUUCAUCACCGCCGCCUCCUCCGGCUUCGGAAAAUACAUAGCCCUGGAAGCCCUCUCGCGCGGCCACAAAGUCAUCGCCAGCGCGCGCAGCGCGUCCCGCAUCGCCGACCUCAAAGGAAAAGGCGCCGACGUCGUAACGCUGGACGUCACAUCUCCGCUCGCGGAGAUAGAAAAAGUGGCCAAGGAAGCGAACGACAAGUACGGCUAUAUCAACCACCUGGUAAACGCCGCGGGGUACAUUCUCGUCGGCGCGGUUGAGGAGACGUCGCCAAAAGAAGACUUCGACACAUUCGCCACUAACGUCUUCGGCAUGCUCAAUGUCUGCAAAGCCUUCUUGCCCUAUCUGCGCGCCACUCCCGGCCACCGCACAAUCGCCAACUUUGGCUCCAUCGGCAGCUGGCAAGGCGGCGCGGGGUACGCCCUGUACAACGGCACGAAGUGGGCUUGCAGCGGAAUCAGCGAGGGUAUGCGCGCCGAACUUGCGCCUCUCGGCAUUGCGGUUACGGUCAUCGAGCCCGGGUACUUCCGUACGGGUUUCCUGAAUGCCGGCGCGAGAGUAGUCUCGCAGAGGCGGCUGAGGGAGUACGACGAGACGGCGGUUGGGAAAGUGCGCGCGACGCUAGAGGCGGUAGAUAACAACCAGCCGGGGGAUGUGGUGAAGGGGUGUAAGGUGCUCGUUGAUGUUCUGACUAUGACGGGGGUGGCGGAGGGGAAGGAGGUCCCCAUAAGGGUGGCGCUGGGGAGUGACUCGCCACCUGUGAUAAGGGAGAAGAUGAGGGCGACGGAGGAGUUGCUGAAGGAGUGGGAGGGGAUUACGACGCGUACGGAUCAUGAGUAGGGGAAUAGUGGAUCAAUGUGCGGUCGGGAUCUUCUUCAAGAAGUUCCCUUUCUUGGGUG